AAGUACUUCCCUAGCGAACUGAUGCUACUUAAUUUGAAGGCAUAUUAAGCUUCCAUAUAGGUUAAUCUGUUAGCCUGUCCAGAUCAGACUAAGUGGGAAAAUAUACUUCACUUCAUUCACUCAGACUCAGAAUACAUCCAUUGUUGUAAAACGUGGACUCUGGACCUGACCAGGUUAUGCUUGGAAAAAGAUGGAAGUUGAAGAUAAUCACACAAUCCUUAGUGAUUUUGUGAUGAUUGGGUUUACAGCAGAUCCAUUUCUACGCACAAUUCUGUUUGUGGUGUUCUUGGCUUCCUACAGCCUAACACUGACUGGAAAUCUGGGCCUCAUGACACUGAUCUACCUGGACUCCCGCUUGCAUACACCCAUGUACUUCUUUGUGGGAAGCCUUUCCUUCCUGGAUGUCUGGUAUUCCUCGGUCUACACUCCUCGGAUCUUAUAUGAUUGUUUGUCCAAGAACAACCACAUUUCCUUAGCUGGUUGUGCAGCCCAGUUUUUCUUCUCUGCUGGAUUGGGCUGGAGUGAAUGCUUCCUAUUGGCCUUCAUGGCCUAUGACCGCUUUGUAGCCAUCUGCCACCCACUCCUUUAUGCCACUGCCAUGCCCAAGAAGCUCUGUGUCCAGCUGGUGUUAGGAGCCUACAUAGUGGGGUUUGCCAAUGCAAUUGUACACACAGGUAACACUUUCCGCCUACAUUUCUGUGGUAGUAAUAUCAUCAACCACUACUUUUGUGAUGAGCCACCACUUCUGAAGAUGGCCUGUGAUGACACAAGACUAUAUGAACUCAUUGCGACUGUUAUCAUUGGUUUCAAUCUGCUGGCAGCCACUGCUAUCAUCAUGAAGUCCUACAUUGGUAUUGUGGCAGCCAUUAUUCGCAUCCGUUCCACUGCAGGGAGACUCAAAGCUUUCUCUACUUGCUCGGCUCACCUGGUCUCUGUCUCCCUCUUCUAUGGCUCCAUGCUCAUCAUAUACUCCACACCUAAUUCUUAUCACACUCCAAAUUGGGAUAAGGCAACUGCGUUGUUCUAUACGGUAGUCAACCCUCUGGUCAACCCUUUGAUUUACAGCUUACGCAACAAAGAUGUGAAGGCAGCCUUCAAGAAAUUAUGGGGCAAAUUCACAGCACACAAAUGAAUGGCAAUCUCCUUCUUUAGGGUAGACUGCAGAUGAGGAAAUUAACCUCUGUGCUCCAGUGUCUGCCAGUCAACCAGCCACUUUCUUUCUUUGCUCCUUUCCCCAUUUGCUUCCUUGUUAAAAGAAAGUGUAGAAAAUCAGAAGUUCAGAAUUAAUUUCAAAGAUCAGCAAUUAUCCCCUAUGCUCCAACUUCCUGUGCAUACUUUUCUUAGUCAGCAAUUUUAUUCCAUAUGUAUACUUUCCCAGUCUUCUUCUAAGCUAGCAGCACCCUGAUUUUUUAUUUCAGACUUUUAAAAUGGUUUUGUCAGUUUUUAAUUUGCUUUGUGUUAUUGUUGAUGUUAUUUCUUCUAAUCUGGUAGUGUCAGCCACUAAAUAUAUUUAGGCUCUCUCUAUUUCAAAUUCUCAUAAUAGCACAUCUAAUAAAAUGAUUUUUAAAAUAUGCA